AUGACGACAUCCCCGGUAUUGACAGACAUAUCAGCAUUUCUGAACCGGCCAAAGAUUGAGAUUGCUGGUUUCUGUGCGGCAGCUUAUGCAUUGUACUAUGCCACCACAGCCAUCUACCUCGUCUUCUUCCACCCGCUCUCCAAAUUCCCCGGCCCAAAAACAUGGGCCGCAUCACGCAUUCCAUGGGCGCGCCAUGUCGUGAAAGGCGAUCUAUGGGAGGUCUUGAGCAAACUACAUGAGCAAUAUGGCCCAGUGGUGCGCAUCGGGCCGGAUGAGAUAACGACCAUUUCGCCCACGGCAUGGAAAGACAUCUAUGUUUCGAAUCCCGUUCUCCCCAAAGACCCAAACAGUCAGACGCCGCCCCUCAACGGCGCACACUCGCUCUUCACAGCGGCCGGGGACACGCACAAGCGGAUCCGGAAUACGCUGGUCAACGGCUUCUCCGACAAAGCGCUACGAGAGCAAGCUCCUAUCAUCGAGGACUAUGCCGUGCAACUGGUAUCGCGGCUCCAGCGCGAGGCGGCAAAGAGUACUGAUGGCGCGGUCGAUAUACAGAAGUUCUAUGGCUACGCGACUUUUGACAUGGUGACAGAUUUGAGCCUGGGCGAGAGUUUCCACGGGCUCGAGGGCGAUAAUGAACAUUCGUGGAUUCUGGGCUUCUUCUUCCACGCCAAGUUCGGCACUAUCCGCAAUUGUCUCAGCCGCUUCUCACCGUUGGAUAUCCUGCUCGGUCUCAUCCUGCUUAGCGUUACGCGCAAGAACCGCCUGAAGAACUGGGCGACUGUGACGGAGAAGAUUGACCGACGACUCGCCAAGGGCGACACAUCCGGUGUGCGUUCUGACUUCCUGACGCCGGUUAUCGGGAAGCUUGACGAGGGGGGCGUGAAAGGCAUUACGAGAAAGGAAUUAACAACCAACGGGCUCGCAUUUGUCAUUGCAGAUUGCCAGCUGACUACGGUAGCGUUGUCCGCGAGCACAUAUCUGCUUCUUCGCGACCCAGCGAAGAUGAAGCAGCUGGUAGAGGAACUACGGGGGGCGUUUCAGAGCGAUGACCAGAUUACAGUGCAGUCGACACAAGGACUCGUCUACCUCGAAGCAGUCAUCAACGAGAGUCUGCGUCUCCACCAUCCCACACCCAUCAGCCUCCCACGAUUACUACCUCCAGCAGGCCGAGUAAUCGACGGUGACUUUAUCCCCGGAAAUUCCGUAGUAGGUAUCAACCUGCAAAACAUCCAAAACAGCCCCUCCCUCUGGCACGAACCGCGCGUCUUCCACCCCGAGCGCUUCCUCGCCGCCUCGGACCCGCGCUACAACGCCGUCUUCGAAAAAGACGUCAAAGCCGCCUUCGUGCCCUUCUCCACCGGCCCGAGGAACUGUCUGGGGUGGAAGGUGUUCAUGGCGCAGGCGAGGGUUAUCCUGGCCAAGGUGCUGUGGAAUUUCGAGGUGGAGAUGGUGGGCGCGCAGGAGGAUUGGUUGGAGCAGAAGGCGUAUUUGGUGUUUGAGCCGAAGCCGUUGCCGGUUCGACUUGAGAAGUACCGUGGGGGGAAGUGA